AUGAGAAUAAGACAAUUAAUAGAAAGAAAACUUCCGGACCAAACAAAACAUGACGAAGAAAUUUGUAUCAAGAUUGAUAAUGAUGAUGGAAUGAAAAUUAAACUUGAUGACAAACUAACGCUCAAGGAUGUUCGAAACCGGUUUUCCAUACACCAAAAAGAAGAUGACGGAAUAUAUAUCUAUACUAACAUGUUGUUUUAUAACAAUGGAUGCAUCCAACGUUGUGAAGAGGAGGUUAGGCUUUGGAAAGAUAAUUUGGUAGAUGGUUAUUUAUGCGUUAAAACUUCUAAAAAUAUUUCAAACAUUCCAAAUGAACAAGAGCUAGUUAAAAUAUGCAAAAUGGAAUAUGGUUUAAAAACAUCUAAAGACGAAUCAACUAGAUCUAACAAAAAAGCAUUUGUCAUUGAGCCUAACUGUACAUUUCAAAUAACAUACGAUGUCAUUACAAAAACUGUAAAAGAGAUAAUCAACAACACUUAUGAAGGAUUAUGCAAUAAAAAUUCAAUAGUCGGUGCAAACGUUAAAGAAAUCUUGCCAUGGUCAACACUUAACGUUAAAAUCUCUCUGGCACAUGAAAAUACAAAAAAGUCAACACACAAAGAAGAAUCUUCUGAGAACUAUGAGACAGAAUACUUUCAAAAGGCAGUAAUAGCAUGUGACGAUAAAAACAAAAUAUUGCCAACAGAAGAUUUUAUAUAUGCAGUAAAGGAAGCUUUAAAUGACGACAAUCCUAUGGAUAAGCUCAAAAAAGUGACCAAUGAUUUUGGUGAAUAUGUAAUUUUGAAAAUGCGGAUAGGAGGGAAAUUGAGAAAACGUGAGAUCAGUGCCAAAAUAGAGAACACGCUAAAUAAAUACCAAUCAAGAACUGCUAACGGUGAUCUCCAGAUUAUCGAAGUAACAAUGAAUAAUACAAAUGAACGUAAAUUGAAUAUUAGUAGCUACAAAGAGGUUAAUGAAAGUAAACCGUUUGGUGGCAAUACAAAUUUGUUCAUUAAUGACCUUGAUGGAUGGAAAAAAUCUCUAGAUGAUUAUAUAAAAUGGGCUGUCAUCAGUUACGAAACCGUUGAGCCAAUUUUUAAUAUCUUACAGGAAGAAUUACGCGAAGAGGUUAUCAAGAUUAUAUUAGGACGAAGAAUCCUAUAUAGUAUUGUAGAUCCAGUGAACAACAUAAGAUUUUCUGGUUACAGACCAUACAUACAUGAUCUAAAAAUUCCUGCCACUUUAAAAUUUGAUUUAAAAGAAUGUAAUAUCUUUGCCUAUAUUAUGAGUAAAAACCAGGAUAACGUAUAUUCUGUUCAGGUGAUUCACAUAGAAAAUAAGUCACCCUCGCUGUUGAUUCAUCGAAUUUACAAUCCGGAAAAAAAAAAUAAGCAUGACUUGCUGAUAUGUUGGAUGAUUACUGGUUAUCCAAACAAUUUCAUUAAAGUUGAUAGCGAAUUCCAAAUUAUGGAUCAGUUUAAAGAACUAGAGAUUAACAAUCACGAUGAAGUUCGUAUUACCGAAAAUUUUCAAGAACAUCAUGUUUUGUCAAUAUGUGUUCAAAAUAUUCCUAGAGAAGGAAGAGACUUUCUAUCGACACCAGACAUUACUAGCGGUGUACAUUUCAUCAAUAAAAAACCGCAUUUAUAUGCUCGAAUAUUUUCCUAUGACCUUGAAAAACAAAAAUCAUGCGUAUCUUCGGGUCUCUCCAUAAAUUGCAGGAAAGAUACUUGGAAAUGUGCAAAAAAAGUCAUAAAACAAAAUAGUAAUUAA